AUGGCUUUCAAAUUCGUUGUACUCUCAGCACUUUUGGCUGUUGCCAGCGCCGGUGUGUUGCAGCCCGUCACCUACGCUCAUGUCGCUAAUCCCGCGGUAGAUGCCGUUGCCUCCAGCCACCAGAACGUCGUUCGCACCUUCGAUGGCACUGUAUCACAAUACUCGAAAACCAUUGAAACUCCUUACUCCAGCGUACACAAAUCGGACAGCCGCGUCAGCAAUAAUGUAUACACACCAGCCAUUGCCAAAACUGUUGCCUACGCUGCUCCAGCUGUUGCCAAGACCGUGACUUAUGCUGCUCCAGCUCCUGUGUAUCAACAUGAAGUGCCUGUUGCUAAAGCUGUAUCUUAUGCUGCUCCAGUGCCCACACCUGCUUUAUACACUCACGCCGCACCCAUUGUAAGCAAAACUGUUUAUGCACCAGCUCAUGCCCACGCCGUUGUUGCUGCUCCAGCUGUCGCCAAGACCGUAACAUAUGCUGCUCCAGCUCCUGGGUAUCAUCAUGAAGUGCCUGUUGCCAAAGCUGUAUCCUACGCUGCCCCAGCUGUGGCCAAGACUGUGUCUUAUGCUGCUCCCGCUCCAGUUUACCAUCAUGCAGCUCCUGUGGCCACCACCAACUACAACCAUGGAUCUGCGGCGACUACCUACACUCAUAAUGCUCCUGGUUUGUCCGGCUAUGGUUCCAGCCAGACGGUGCACUACUCUCCAGCUGAGACCGCCUCGCACAUGAGCUUCGAUGGUUUCGGUACCCACUGGGGUUGGUAA